GCAAGGUAUAUGCCUGGAGUCGCCUAGUCACUUUCCGGCUUCAACCGGAGUACAGGCCAGUCCCAACCGGAAGAGGUAAUACGAUCAUGUCUUUGGGAAAUAGGACUUAAGCUCGGCGAUAACUCAAACUAGGCUCCACAGACCUUGCGUCAUGUCAGGAUAAGACCGCCUCGCUGCAGUGCUUCAAAACAUGAGUAGAACAGUAUAUAUGCAGCCUGAAGGCUCACAGAUUCCCGGUCCAACAAUUCCUAGUUUGAAAAACCUUCUCUCUGAACACAAUUGAUCAGAUUGAUCCGAUUUGGAUACUCCAUUCUCAAUAUGUCAUUUGCUCCGGUUGCUCCUAAGCCUAAGAGCCUACUCGGCUACCACCAGGUGCUCUCACCAACUGCUGGUGUCAAGGUUUCACCGCUCUGUUUAGGAGCAAUGAACUUCGGUGAAGGAUGGAAGGAAUUUAUGGGAGAAUGUAGCAAGGAGGAUGCUUUUGCUAUUAUGGACGUGUUCUUUAACGAAGGCGGCAACUUCAUCGACACUGCGAAUGCUUAUCAAAAGGAGGAUUCAGAGCAGUGGAUAGGAGACUGGAUGCAGCAACGUGGAAACAGGGAUCAGUUGGUUAUCGCAACUAAGUAUACUACCGGCUUCCGCACCGCACAAUUCGACAAGGAGCCUCUGCAGUCCAACUACGUCGGCAAUUCCCUCAAAUCCUUGCGCGUCUCGGUCAACGCAAGCCUCCGCAAGCUUCAGACGGACUAUAUCGACCUUUUGUACGUUCAUUGGUGGGACUUCACGAGCGGCGUCGAGGAGGUGAUGAUCGGACUCAACGCCCUGAUUACCGCCGGGAAGGUCCUGUAUAUCGGUGUCUCCGACACGCCAGCUUGGGUCGUCGUGAAAGCCAACGAAUACGCCCGGGCGCACGGUCUGCGGCCCUUCUCGGUUUAUCAAGGAAAGUGGAAUGCAGGAUUUCGAGAUAUGGAGAGGGAGAUCAUUCCUAUGUGCAGAGACCAGGGUAUGGCGGUAGCCCCAUGGGCGCCCCUCGGUCAGGGUAGGUUCCGGACGGCCGAGGCGAGGAAGAAGGCCCAGCAUGAGGGAUCUAACCGGGGUGCGCAGCCGUCCGAGGCAGAUUUGAAAAUCUCGGAGGUAUUAGAAAAAGUGGCUGGAAGGAAAGGCACAAAUCUUUAUGCCAUUGCUCUCGCUUAUCUGCGCUACAAGCAACCCUACGUCUUCCCUAUUGUCGGACAGCGGAAGGUGGAGCACCUCAAGGCCAAUAUUGAGGCACUGAAGGUCGAAUUGAGCAGGGAGGAGAUCCGAGAGAUUGAUCUGGCCGCUCCAUUCGAUCCAGGCUUCCCGAUGACUAUGCUAUUCGGAGGCAAUGAUAAGUACGAUAUUGGCUUCACGGCGGCGGAUGUGUCGUUGACCAAGUGGGCUGCGCAUAUUGAUGCUCCGGCUCCGCAAGAGGCAGUCAGACCUCGCAAGGAUUAAGCUUGGGUACGUUGACAGGCGAGGUUUUUGAAGAUACAUAUACUGUUGCUUGCAGGCCUGAACCUGUUGUGUCAAUUUUAUUUCUGUGUCCCAUAUUCAUACUAGGCUACGCGUAUCUAUUAGAUUUGAAGAAGAAC